CGUAAAUUUAAAUCGUUAAGUUUGGUACGUUUAUAGAGGUAAUUUUUUCUAAAUUUACAACGAGUUAACUUCUCUUUUUAUUUGAUUGUAAAAGAAAAAAAGAAAGAAUUAAUUAAAAAACAAUACUUUAUUUCGCUGACAUUAAUUUUGUUUGACUUCUGUUUUGUAUAUCGUUGCUUGCCAAGACUAUAGCAGUAGUCAUUUCGACAAAUUCAUUAAAGGUUGGGCUACGACUUUUACAAAGAUGUUCUUUACACCCUUAUAAUAUUAAAAAAGAAUAUGACUGAUGAUGAAUUUCAACAGUCGCUUGAGAAUUACUACCAUGAGUUAAACCAACUUUCAUCCGAUCUUGAUAUCCCCUUCGAUCUGACAAUUUUUAGAAGUCUAAUUCUAAAUAAAAUAUCAGAACAUUCUUCAGGACUGAAGAAAAAUCUUCAGAAUACAAGAACAAAAUGUGACAAACUCUCCUCUCAGCUUCUUGAGCUUUACAAGUGCUUGGGAAAGACGCAGAGCUUUCAAAACGAAUUGCCUUCAGAAAAACACUACCAGCGUCUAGUUUCCUUACAUGCAAAGGUUCGAAAGGAAUAUGACAACAAGCUUCAGCUAGUAAAGGAAAUAAGAAAAAAGCUAUCGUAUCAUUUGUUUUGCCUUGGUGAGAAUUCCGAAGAAUUUUCUUUGAAUAAUUCUUUUGUGGAUGUUUCGGAUUCAAAAAUUGAACAUUUGAAACGUAUACAAGAGAAAGUGGAAAAGAAAUACCAUUCAAGAAAAGAAAACUUGUUAAAUAAGAAAAACGAGAUUCUACCAUUGGAAAAGUACGUCUCGACCAAAUUCAAGAUAGAUACCAACAAUUUAUCAACUGGUUAUUUGAAACGGAUUAAUGAUUACAAAGGGAGAUUGGAAUUUUUGGCUCAAAGGAGAGAAAACACAUCAAGCAGAUUAAGUAAUCGCUCAGAUUCAAGGAUAAGCAUAAAUUCUCCUGGUUCUAACGCAAGCUCGCCUGGUAUAGCAAGUGAAAAGAUAAAAAAAGAACCUUCAAGUCCUUCCUUGACUGUGAAGUACCGGGCAGAGUAUGAAUAUUUAUUGAGGCGUUAUUUGCAUCUUGCAAAAUCGCUGUUUAUUCCAAAAAAGGAUUUGCUAUUUAUUGAAAAUGAUGAAAAUAGGAAAAAGGUUGACAUUCUCGAAAUUCUGAAUAAAAUUAAGCAGGAAAUUCACAGUUUAGAAGUAGAAACCCAUCUCCGAGGUGAGCUCAAUGCAUUGAUUCGAAAAUAUCUAGCUUUAGAAGCUAGAUUAUAUAAAGAAUCACAAACUGUUAGGAGUUCAACAGCUCCUACUUCAAAACCAUUUACUCUCAAAAGGCUAAGAAAGGAUUUUCAACUUACCCGUGCAAACUUGAUCUAUUCAUUAAGAAAUUGGGAAGAAGAAAAUGAAAGAAAAAUAAUAGUUUUUGGAAAACCAUUAUCGGAAAGAUUACAGUUCUAUUCAUUCCCCUUGCAGCGAUCUCCUAGCAAAAGACAGAAUGUUCCAAAUGAUGACCAAGAUUUGUCCUCUCCUCGAACCAAUUCAUCUCAGCAUGAACUGAAAGGGGAUCCUAUAAAUGAAAGUGAAAAAAGUUCUUCUCGUCUCAAAUAUAAUGCAUCCCGUCCGAAAAUAACAGGAUCUGCAAAGAGAUUUACGUAUCCUUCUACGAGACCAGAUUCAGAAAAGCUUUCUCUAGAAAAAGUUCCAAACAAUACAACAUUAAAUCUUCCAGAGAGUGAAGAUUCACCUGAACAAAUUGACAAGAACAAUUUGGAUGUCGGAGAUCUCGAAAGCCAGGUUGAAGCUCAGUAUAACCACUUCAUUUCAGCCAACAAUAUCAAUGAGUCAACAUCUAUGCCUUCACCAUCUGGCUCAUUGCGAGAAAUGAUUAGACCUUAUAUUCCCCCAAAAGAAACUUUCACAGGCUCCAGUACGCCAGAGAAUCACCUUCUAAUGUCAUCUACUAAGGACACUGACAUCAAUUCCUACUUUGGAAAGAUGAGUAGUCAUGAAGAAGAUCGUCUCUGUAGACGAUUGGAUUCAUUUUCUUUCUCUAAAGACGUAAUUUCAAGGAAAUUGAGAAACAAUAUCCAUGGGCUACAUUUCUCCACCCCGACUAAAGGUAAUACUAAGGGCUUUAUAGAAAAAGAUGAGAAAUUCUAAAAUAAUGAUGUUUAUUCAGUAUUAGUAUAUUCUGUAUGCCAAAAGAAUUUAAUGAUCGAUACUCUUAAAUUAAUGUCUUAACUUUUUUUCCUUUUUCCCUAGCAAAAAAACGUCAGAAAAUUCAUGAAAUAACUAAUUAAAUAGUAAUAAAUUACACCAACUUACACAUUAUUUCCAUAUAA